AUGAAACUGCCCACAGCAGUGCCAUUUCUACUGGCAUGCACCAGUCAAGGCGCGCGAGCAGCUCGAUACCAUAACCCUGUCCUGCCUGGUUUCCACCCAGAUCCCAGUUGCAUCUACGUGGAAGAAUUCGACCAGACUUUCUUCUGUGCAACCUCUAGCUUCAGCGUAUUUCCAGGAAUUCCUAUCCACGCCAGUAAAGACCUCGUGCACUGGAAGCUGGCCAGCAACGCCCUCAACCGCGGUUCUCAAUUACCUGAUUUCAUCUCUACGCCUACGGGUCAGGAUGGAAUCUUCGCGCCAACCCUCCGUUUCCAUAAUGGGACCUUCUACCUGAUCUCCACAUGGGUCUCCAUCGGCUCGUAUGUGGACUUCAAGAUGGACAAUGUAAUUUUCACAUCCACGGACCCUUUUAACUCUUCCUCCUGGAGCGAUCCAACGCACUUUGAUUUCGUCGGCUACGACCCCUCUCUCUUCUGGGACGUUGAUGGCACCACCUACCUCAUUGCCGCGCAGGCAACCUCCACCGGCACUACCAUAGCCCUCGCGCCCUUUGAUCCGCUCAUCGGCGAAUAUCUUGGGUCCACGACCUACCCAUACAAUGGCACAGGGGUUGGAACCCCUGAAGGCCCGCACCUGUAUCAUAACCCCUCCACCGGCUUCUACUAUAUCCUCAUCGCGGAGGGUGGCACCGCCGAGAAUCACCGCGGCUCAAUCGCACGUUCCAGCUCAGUCACUGGCCCCUACGAGAGUUUCCCCGACAACCCGAUCAUCCACGCCGCCAGCAACACCAGUUUCAUCCAGAGUGUCGGGCACGCUGACCUGUUCGAGGACGGCUCUGGACAGUGGUGGGGCGUCGCACUGGCGCAGAGGGCGGGGACAACAGGGGUCAAUACUGUGCCGAUGGGGAGGGAGACGGUCCUUUUCCCCGUCCGGUGGGAUAUCGAUGGAUGGGUGCGGGUUGAGGGCAAUGGUGUGCAGGGUGUCAUGCAGGCGCCGUUGCCAGUUGCCGCUAGGAUGGACGUCCCCGGGGAAGGGGCGUGGCACGAUGUGCCUGAUGUUGUGGACUUCGAGGACGGAACACAGCUUCCGAAGCACUUCGUACACGUCAGACUGCCGGAUGAGGCAGCGUAUGUGGUGAGUCCUCCGAGAAGAGAUGGCGAGCUGCAGUUGGUGGCCAGCGAGAGGAACUUGUCGUCCAAGGGAGGCGGAAAUCUGACAGAGGGGACUACGUUCGUGGGGAGGAGGCAAGUUGACACCUUAUUCACGUUUAGCGUGGAUAUCGAGUUUGAGCCGAGAUCGCUUGGUGAUGAGGCGGGCGUUACGGUGUACCUCGAUGAAGCAAGGCACGUUGAUCUCGGGAUUGUGUUGGCCACGGAAGGGGAUUACUUGGUUGAGCUGAAGGCUUUCAGCUCAAAUGCCAAAGCAACAGCACCACAAAUUGUCACCGCCGCUCUUCGAGACCCGGUUGGAAGAAUUCGCUUGGUGAUUCAGGCCACGAACACAACUCACUAUACCUUCUCAGCGGGAAGUGUUGUAGAGAGUGGGAUUGCAUCUGUGGACACCCAAGUUGUCGGAUUCGCGGAGGUCAGCCUGGUGAGUGGCGGUUUCACGGGCACUCUUGUAGGAGCCUACGCGACAACUCAUGGUGCUGCUGAAAAUCACACUGCGAAUGCAUAUGUUAGCAGAUGGAGGUACCAGGGCCAAGGCCAGGAAGUGGACGAGGGGGUCAUUGUUUAA